AGACGCUCUGUGGAGGCGCGAGCGGUUCCGGUCUGUGAGCCUGCGGUUGCUGCUUAACCGCGUAGUUUGAGCCAUUUCUGCGUCUGGCUGGCCCUUCUGAACUUGUCACCUUUGCUUGGGGUCGCAACGACCGGAUGAUCGAUGAUCCAAGCAAGGGAAAAGAAGCCUUGGCGGAGAGCGGAGGCACGAUUCCACCUUCCUUCAUGCUCCAUUACUCAGGACUCUGAAGAUUUCAAAAAGUAGGAGGAAAAAUGACCAUGUUCAAGGAGGCAGUGACCUUCAAGGAUGUGGCUGUGUUCUUCACUGAGGAGGAGCUGGGGCUGCUGGACCCUGCCCAGAGGAAGCUGUACCAAGAUGUGAUGCUUGAGAACUUCACAAACCUGCUGUCAGUGGGGCAUCAACCGUUCCACCCUUUCCACUUCCUAAGGGAAGAAAAGUUUUGGAUGAUGGAGACAGCAACCCAAAGAGAGGGAAGUUCAGGAGGCAAGACUGUUGUGGAAGCAGGACCACAUGAAGACUGCCCUUGCCAGCAAAUCUGGGAACAAACUGCAAGUGACUUAACCCAGUCUCAAGACUCCAUCGUAAAUAAUUCUCACUUCUUUGAACAAGGUGAUGUCCCCUCCCAGGUUGAGGCAGGACUAUCUAUAAUUCACACAGGACAGAAACCUUCACAGAAUGGGAAGUGUAAACAAUCCUUCAGUGAUGUUGCCAUCUUUGAUCUUCCUCAGCAGUUACACUCAGGAGAGAAGUCUCAUACAUGCAAGGAGUGUGGAAAAAGCUUCUGUUACAUCUCGGCUCUUCGUAUUCACCAGAGAGUUCACUUGAGAGAGAAACUCACUAAGUGUGACAUGCGUGAUAAGGAAUUCAGUCAGAGCUCAUGUCUGCAAACUCAUGAGAGAGUCUACACUGGAGAGAAACCAUUCAAAUGUGAGCAGUGUGGGAAAGGCUUUAGAUGUAGAGCAAUACUUCAAGUUCAUUGCAAAUUACACACAGGAGAGAAACCUUAUAUUUGUGAGAAAUGUGGGAGGGCCUUUAUUCACGAUUUCCAGCUUCAGAAACAUCAGAGAAUUCAUACUGGGGAGAAGCCAUUCAAAUGUGAAAUAUGUGGUAAGAGCUUCUGUCUUAGGUCAAGUCUUAAUAGGCAUUGCAUGGUCCACACAGCAGAGAAACUGUACAAAUCUGAGGAGUGUGGAAAAGCCUUCAUUGAUAGGCUAGAUUUGCAUAAGCAUCAGAUGAUUCACACAGGACAGAAACCAUACAAUUGUAAAGAAUGUGGGAAGAGUUUCAGAUGGUCCUCAUAUCUUUUGAUUCAUCAGCGAAUCCACAGUGGAGAAAAACCAUACAGAUGUGAGGAGUGUGGGAAGGGCUACAUUAGUAAGUCAGGUCUUAACUUGCACCAGAGGGUCCACACUGGAGAGAGACCUUAUAAUUGUAAGGAAUGUGGGAAGAGCUUUAGCCGGGCUUCAAGUAUUUUGAAUCAUAAGAAACUCCACUGCCGGAAAAAACCCUUCAAAUGUGAGGAUUGUGGAAAGAGGCUUGUACACUGGUCAUACUGUAAAGACCAACAAGGAGACCACAAUGGAGAAAACCCAUCCAAAUGUGAGGACUGUGGGAAGCGCUACAAGAGGCGCUUGAAUCUGGAUAUAAUUUUAUCAUUAUUUUUAAACGAUAUGUAAGUUGUACACAUUUAUGAGAUAUGGUAUGAAAUUUUAAUAUGUGUAUAUAAUGUGUAACGAUCAAAUUGAUGUAAUUAGUGUAUUACCUUAAACAUUUACCAUUUCUUUGUUUUGGGAAAAUUCAAAAUCCAUUGUUCUAGCGAUUUGAAAAGAAACAAUAAAUUAUUGUUGAUUAUAGUCACCUUUGGUGCUUUAGAACACUAGAAUGUAUUUCUCCUAUCUAGCUGUACUUAUGUAUCGUGUUACCCAAUCUUUGGCUAUCUCACCUAACCCCUACACUUCCCUACUUCUAGAACUACUGUUUUACUCACUACUUCUAUGAAAUCAACUUUUUUAGCUUCCAUAUGUGUGUGAGGACAGUUGGUAUUUAUCUUACUUUGCUUAGCUUAUAUUGUUUAACAUAAUGUCCUCCAAAGCUCAUCUGUGUUGCCAUAAAUGACACAAUUUUGUUUUUUUUUAAUGCCCAAAGUGUAUUCUAUUGUGUAUGCCACCUUUUCUUCAUUUAUCUAUUGAUGGACACACAGGUGGGUUCCAUAUCUUAACUGUUGUGAAGAAUAGUGCUCCAAUGAACAUGGGAGUGUACAUAUCUGUUCCACAUACUGAUUUCCUUUGCUUUGGAUAUACUCAAUAGUGGGAUUGCUAGAUCACUCAAAUCUUAUGCCUCAGGGGCUUGACAUAAGAGCAAAACUAUGGAAGUGUGACUAGGGUGGUAUGGCCUCAUACCACCUCAGGCCUCAAGUCCUCAACUGCACCAGAAUGUCCACGUUGGACAGAAUCCUUAGUAAUAAGGUGUGUGAUAAAGUCUCUGCUCAGUUGUCUAUAAUCUCAUCUGAGAGUUCACAAAGGAGCAAAACAUUAAAAAGCGGCAUAUGGUAAGCACUUCAGUGUAUGUUUAUAUCAUAAUUUAUCACAGGCCAUAAUGGUGAUAUAUUUCAUCCAGUCUUGCAGGAGAGAAAACAUUUAAGUUAAAUUCAGUGUUUCACCAUAGCUCAGCAUACUCCCAUCAUCCUGGGACCAUCGUAGUAGAGAACUCUUGUAAAUUGUGCAGUAGGGUUGCAAACAGAACUUUGACAUUUACACUUGUCAUUCAGGAGAAAGGCCUUAGAAUAAGCGUUUGUUCACACAUUUACAAAACCCUAAUGAUGAACAUGUCAAAAUCGAUGACCACUAGAAUGUCAACUACAGGUACCUUGUUUUCUGCAUCUUCAGGACCUUAACACUGAUUAGCACUUACGUGUUUAGUAUGUGUUAAAUGACUCACAAGGAGAAAAUACAAUAUUUUAAAAUUAUAUCUAGGAGAGGAAAUCUACAAAAAAUAACUCAGAGACACCUGAGUUAAAAUGCAGAAUAUACUCAGUACUGCAAUCCAAAGCAUUAUUUUGGGUAAUAUUACCCUAUCACACUUGGCAGCUGGCUUCCCCUCAUCCUCUGUUCUGAAGUUGGAUUUUUACUACUCGUGGCUUUGUCUAAUGUUCCAUUGGUUGCAUACAAUAUAAAUUCAACAAUCAUUUGUAAUUCUUCUCACACUACAGGCUGAAAAUGGUUUGUUAACUUGGCAAUAACAGUCCACUGCAUAUUUCACAAUUACAUUUUUUCAACAGUGUUAAGGCAAAAUUUAUAGUAAUUUUACAUGGCAGAUGUAGUUACAUUGGAAAAAACUUCCUCAGUUCUGAAUUCACAUGAUUUCUUGUGUAUUUUCAUGCAGGCUUUGAUAUGAUGGCCUUCUAAUUGUGGUAGCAUUUAUUUUAUCAAACAACUCAGGUAGAAGCUAUGCCAAUUUGACAAUUUUUGGAAACCUAACCUAAUAUUCUCCUCCUAUCUCUAUGAAAUACUAAGAGAAACCUAUGAGAGUUCGGUAGUUUCAUCAAAUGUAUCCAUGAUUGGGGUAGGAGUGACAUUUACAUGCUCUUCUUUAUUGUUGGCAGUAAAAAUAAGUCUUUUGUAAGCAGGGUAUAUCAGAAUGUAUAAGGUACAAGUGUUUUACCUGGAAAUGAUGGGAUAGGAAAUUAUCAUUAUGAUGUUAAAACUGUGAAAAGUAGAAAACCACGUGGAUGAUAUCACCCCAUUUUAAAAUGGAAUAAGUAUUCUACAAGAAUUUAUGUGAAAAGCAUUUAUUCCUAUAACAUGAGACCAAUAAAAUGAUAGCACCAGACAUACAGUAAAAGGAGAAAAACAUAAUGUGAGCUUUGUGAAAUCAGACUGUAACCUUCAUAACAUAAUCAAAUAUCUUUGUGUGUUUCUGAGACUUUUUAAUGUGUAUAUACGUAAUUUGUGAACAAAUAUUCUUUCCUCUGGCAAUGAAUAUUUGCUGCUGGUAUUUUUCCAUUUUAUAAUUUUAUGCAUUUUUAGAUAUCUCAGUGAACAUCAGUUUUAUCAAAGCAGUAAAUUUUGUUCAAUAAAUUUGCAAACUUAUUAAUGUUAAUCACUUAACCUAUCAGGACUCAGAAUCUCAGAAUAAAAUUGCUCUCUAUU